AUGGCGGGGAUGAAGACAGCCACCGGGGACUACAUCGACUCGUCCUGGGAGCUGCGGGUGUUUGUAGGAGAGGAGGACCCCGAGGCCGAGUCGGUCACCCUCCGGGUCACAGGGGAGUCACACAUCGGUGGGGUGCUCCUGAAGAUCGUGGAGGAGAUCAAGCGGAAGCAGGACUGGUCAGACCAUGCCAUUUGGUGGGAACAGAAAAGACAAUGGCUGCUGCAGACCCACUGGACCCUGGACAAAUACGGGAUCCUGGCGGACGCCCGCCUCUUCUUUGGGCCCCAGCACCGGCCUGUCAUCCUGCGGCUGCCCAAUCGCCGUGCCCUGCGCCUCCGAGCCAGCUUCUCGCAGCCCCUCUUCCAGGCUGUGGCUGCCAUCUGCCGGCUCCUCAGCAUCCGGCGCCCUGAGGAGAUGUCUCUGCUCCGGGCUCCUGAGAAGAAGGAGAAGAAGAAGAAGGAGAAGGAGCCAGAGGAGGAGGUGUAUGACUUGACCAAGGUCGUCCUGGCCGGGGGCGUGGCACCUGUGUCGUUCCGGGGGAUGCCAGCCCACUUCUCAGACAGUGCCCAGACCGAGGCCUGUUACCACAUGCUGAGCCGGCCGAUCUCACCGCCAGACCCCCUGCUGCUGCAGCGCCUGCCCCGGCCCAGCUCCCUGCUGGACAAGACCCAGCUCCACAGCAGGUGGCUGGACUCGUCGCGGUGUCUCAUGCAGCAGGGUGUCAAGGCGGGGGACAUGCUCUGGCUGCGCUUCAAGUACUAUAGCUUCUUCGACCUGGAUCCCAAGACAGACCCGGUGAGGCUGACCCAGCUGUACGAGCAGGCUCGGUGGGACCUGCUGCUGGAGGAGAUUGACUGCACUGAGGAGGAGAUGAUGGUGUUUGCAGCCCUACAGUACCACAUCAACAAGCUGUCCCAAAGUGGGGAGGCGGACGAACCGCCUGGCACAGACCCGGGGCUGGAUGACCUGGAUGCAGCCCUGAGCAACCUGGAGGUGAAGCUGGAGGGGUCGGCGCCCACGGACGUGCUGGACAGCCUCACCACCAUCCCAGAACUCAAGGACCAUCUCCGGAUCUUCCGGCCCCGGAAGCUGACCCUGAAGGGGUACCGCCAGCACUGGGUAGUGUUCAAGGAGACCACACUGUCCUACUACAAGAGCCAGGACGAGGCCCCCGGGGACCCCAUUCAGCAGCUCAACCUCAAGGGCUGUGAAGUGGUCCCUGAUGUCAACGUCUCAGGCCAGAAGUUUUGCAUUAAACUCCUGGUGCCCUCCCCUGAGGGCAUGAGUGAGAUCUACCUGCGGUGCCAGGAUGAGCAGCAGUAUGCCCGCUGGAUGGCCGGCUGCCGACUGGCCUCCAAGGGCCGCACCAUGGCGGACAGCAGCUACUCCAGCGAGGUGCAGGCCAUCCUGGCUUUCCUCAGCCUGCAGCGGACGGGCAGCGGGGGCUCGGGCAACCACCCCCAGGGCCCUGAUGCCUCCGCGGAGGGCCUCAACCCCUACGGGCUUGUCGCUCCCCGCUUCCAGCGAAAGUUCAAGGCCAAGCAGCUCACUCCACGGAUCCUGGAAGCCCACCAGAAUGUGGCCCAGCUCUCCCUGUCUGAGGCCCAGCUGCGCUUCAUUCAAGCCUGGCAGUCCCUGCCUGACUUUGGCAUCUCCUACGUCGUGGUCAGGUUCAAGGGCAGCAGAAAGGACGAGAUUCUGGGCAUCGCCAACAACCGACUGAUCCGCAUCGACUUGGCCGUGGGCGACGUGGUCAAGACCUGGCGCUUCAGCAACAUGCGCCAGUGGAACGUCAACUGGGACAUCCGGCAGGUAGCCAUUGAGUUUGACGAGCACAUCAACGUGGCUUUCAGCUGCGUAUCUGCCAGCUGCCGCAUCGUGCACGAGUACAUUGGGGGCUACAUUUUCCUGUCAACGCGGGAGCGGGCCCGCGGGGAGGAGCUGGACGAGGACCUCUUCCUGCAGCUCACAGGAGGCCACGAGGCCUUCUGA